AUGGCUCCGAAUACAGGGUACCUCGGCGUGACCCCUCCCAUUGCGACGACUGGGCCGUCAAAGAUGGAGGAAACUGCGACCGAAGAUCUCAUGAAAGAGCUGCGGAAGCAAGGGAACUUCGAGUCGGAGGAAGAGUCCAAGCUACGACAGGAAGUCCUUGGAAUAGUUCACGAACUUGUCCAGGAAUUCGUCCGCAAAGUCUCCUUGAAGGCAGGCAUGUCUGAACAGGCAGCGAAAAUGGCUGGCGGCAAGAUAUUUACCUUUGGUUCCUAUCGCCUUGGCGUGCAUGGUCCCGGAUCGGAUAUCGACACGCUUUGCGUGGUGCCUAGGCAUGUUACUUAUACCGAUUUCUUUGAAACUUUUGAGCCCAUGCUCAAGGAGAUGAAGGGCGCAACCGAAGUUGCGGGCGUACCCGAGGCGUAUGUCCCAAUCAUUACGGCCAAUAUACGUGGCAUUCCAAUAGAUUUUCUGUGCGCAAGUUUAAAUCGACCCGAUAUUCCCGAUGAUCUUGGAUUGGAAGACAAUAAAAUUCUCGCGGGACUUGACGAACGAACUGUUCGAAGUUUGGGAGGCUCUCGUGUAACAAAUGAUAUCCUGCGACUGGUGCCAAAUCAAGACGUUUUCCGUGAUUCGUUGAGAUGCAUAAAACUCUGGGCCCAACGGCGAGCAAUUUAUUCAAACGUCAACGGUUUCCUGGGAGGUGUAGCAUGGGCGAUGCUCGUGGCCCGAAUAUGCCAGUUGUAUCCCAAUCUCAAUGCAGCGGCCAUUGUACAUCGCUUCUUCAUCAUCAUGCUCCAAUGGAAAUGGCCUCAGCCAAUUCUAUUGCAACAGAUUGAGGAGGAAGUCAAGGAGCUAGAUUUUUCAAAGCGAAUGAACUUCCGAGUUUGGAACCCAAGGCUAUACCCCACAGAUCGCAACCACCUUAUGCCCAUUAUCACCCCGUCAUAUCCUUCAAUGUGCUCCACCCACAACGUUACUCGAUCAACGAUGUCUGUGAUGAAAGACGAGUUUAUGAGGGGUUCCCAGAUUGUAGAGCAAAUAAUGUUCAGGCGUGCCGAAUGGUCUGAAUUAUUUGCUAAACACGACUUUUUCCAAAAAUACCGGUAUUAUUUGCAGAUCAUCGCCUCGUCUGGUAAAGCGGAAGACCAACUGAAAUGGUCCGGUACUGUUGAGUCGAGACUACGACAGUUGGUCAUGAAAUUAGAAUUUGUAGACCAGUUGGAGGUUGCCCAUCCUUUUAUCAAAGGAUUCGAGCAGAAACAUUACUGUUUGGAUGAUGCUGAAGUGCGAGCUGUCGCCCAAGGUGAUGUAUCGCCUGUCAUAGAAAAACGUAAGGAGGAAGAUAUGAAGGACACUCCAGGAGUGAGUGAGGUAUUCACGACUACGUUCUACAUCGGGAUGAAGGUCGCUGAUAAGAAAGCCGGCACAUCUGGGCCAAGAAAACUGGAUAUCUCGUACCCGACAGCUGAGUUUACGAAGCAAGUCAAACAAUGGGAACAGUAUCACGAAGAGACGCACGGCAUCGUAGUUCGUCACAUAAAGAGUUGUGCCUUGCCUGAUCAUGUGUUUGAGGGUGGUGUCCGACCGGUAGUCAUCAAGUCACUCAAACGAUCCAAGUCUUCGAUCAAGGGAACGAAAGGGAAGGACAACGACCUACCUAAUAAGAAAUUCAAGCUCUCAGAUCCAAACGGUGUUGCGCUCCAAGCCAAUGGAACCCCAACUCCAGCAGCUGUAUUAACACCAGCUUCUAUGAAUGGUGGCCAAUAUACACCCAUCUCACCACCUGUUAUUACUGCGGCAGCCAUUUCGGUGAGCACCGCCGCGCCGGUGACUAACACCGUUGCAGCUGGUCUCCAAUCGCUUGCGACCAUCCCAACCUCAAACCCAACCAUCUCACCAGCAUCCGAUCCUAAAAUCGCAAGCCCCCCGGCCGCACGGCUUCCUAAUGGAGAAAAUCUAUCUGUCGCUACUGGCGUAUAG